AUGACCUCGUCAUAUUCAUUGGAUUUGGUCCUAAAUCAUGGCAUUAUAUGCUCCAAGGCAUGGUGCGCGGCCAGUGCCGAAUGCAUAAUACCUCGACUCCCGGCCGUCGUGCUUCUGGCCCUACCGCGGGGACAACCCGAUUUUGAACCGCGAAUAACCAUGACCAUGCCGGACACAGCCAAAGACACGGUGCUUUCACUACUUUGUGGUCCUGACCUGUGGCACUGGGACCCAAGAGGUUCGUGUUCAAUCAGCUUUCACAAGAACGGGACCGGCCUGGUAAGACUGCCCAGCCUGUUGCAGGCUUUUCUUCUCGCACGACGCUCUAUUCUGACCAUAUAUCAGCUGCGCGCAGGGGCAGAAAUAUCUGACUUCAUUGCUGCGGGAUUCGAUUGGGUGCUCAAGCGCCCAGAGUCGCUGAAUCAUAUUGUCGAUCUCAACCAAAUAGACGAGCGCAGGGGAACUUUGUUGAGUCAAUUUGAGGUUGAGCUCACCCUUACGACCCGAGUUCAUCCGCGCUUGCAGGAGACUCGCCACCUAUGCACCCUUCUGAACGAGCAGGCUCUUACCGAUGGUGCAUUCCUCCCCAAGUUCUAUACUAUUCGCUUAGAGUACGGGCGCUUCGACGAUCCCUCGACUUCUUGGAUGCAUGAUCCUCCGGCACUGUAUAGGCCGCCCAAGUAUGCGCUUCGUCUUUUGUUUGACAAGUCGCCCUUUCCGGAACGAGAAGAGUGGAAUGCUGAAGCUAGGUUUCCCGCGGAGCAGUGUAGAUUCUGGGACAUGAGGGAGUUUGCACAGAGGGAAGUGCCCAAAGACGGUUGGCCGACAACCUUGAUCAAAAAGUUAGGCAUGAAGCAAUAG